AUGCUGAACUUCGCCCCGUGCGGCUUCGAUGGGGUGCCCCCGGGACAUCGGGCCACGUGCCUGUUCCUACCUCGCGGCGGGAGUACAGCGUCAAAUUAUUCAGCUCUGCAGAUGUUCAACUUAAUGGACCGCCUCCCGUCAUCCAUGCCUUUGCGGAAUCGCAAGCGGACUCGCCUGGGCUGCGCAGCCCCGUGCAGCCACGCUGAGCGCCGCCAGUGCCAGUUCCACAAAAGCGCGGUGUUCGAAGGGCGCGAGCGAGCCCAGGCCCCCAGCGUCAGCUCCAGGGGCUCCCAGUACAAAAGCCCAUCGGCGAAUUGCGCAGAGCUCGAGGAGCAGAUCAAGCAUGUCAAGUCGGACAAGUCUCCCGACCCCCGUUUACCUCCUCCGCUUUGGGCCAGCGUGCUCGCGGCAGACAGCGAGAUGGCGGAGAGGUUUGGCGCGUCAUGCGGCUUGAGGGCGUCAUCGGUGGACACCGAUGCGGAGCCCGCCGCCUCCCACAAGCCGCAGAGGGAGAUCCUGGAACGAGAUCAGGUCAACGAGCUGCAGGAGCAGCUCAAAACAUCGGGCACAUACCUUACUGAGGCAACGGCCGAAGCGGUCAGGCUGGAGGAGGAGACACACAAGGCGAUGCCCCAGGUGCGCCCGCCAGAAACGUCCAAGUUGCCCACGCUGCGCGAAAUCCUGUCAGACUUCGCCGCAUCAGUGGCGCAGUUGGGCUGGGUGGCUGCAAGCUUGUGGCUGUGCGAGGGUUUCACGAGGGGGCUUAGCGCGACGGCGGAGGUGCGGCACGAGAACAUCGUGCAGAUCUACGAGAUAGCGGCCACGCCGUCAGGGGACCCGCUCAUCGUCAUGGAGUACUGCGCGGGGGGAGCUGGAGGCACGCACUCGCCCGCCGAGCCCUCGGGGACGUGCCCGUGCCCGCCCUCCGUCCCCCCCCCCCCCGGGGUCGAGCACGGCCUGUCGUUCAGCGAGAUCAAGUACGUCAGCCGGCAGUUGCUGGACGCCACCGGGCACCUGCACAAGCACGGGAUCAUUCACCGCGACCUGGCCACGAAGAACGUGCUGUUCAACCUCUCCGGGGAGAUCAAGGUCUGCGACUUCGGCAUCUCGCGGAUGGCCUUCGGGCAGGACGAGGAGUUCGGGCACAUCUCCGCCAAGGACCUGGAGAACCCGAACAUGAUCGUCUCCCUCCCGUACCGGGCCAUCGAGCUCCUGCUCGGCGACGCCAAGUACGGCCCCGCGCUCGACGUGUGGUCUGUGGGCUGCAUCUUCGCGGAGAUCAUCUGCUCGUGUGCGGGGAGGCGGCAGCCCUUCUUCGGGGGCAGCAUCGAGAGCCCGAACAAGAGCCCGACGGCCAUGGUCGAGGAGAUCUUCACGAUCCUCGGCCGGCCCACGUCGUCGACAUGGCCAGGCCUGAAGAGGCUCCCGCUGUUCGACUCCUUCAACACCGCCAGGGUGGCAGCCGCGACCUCGCACCGGGAGCGCGCGGAGGGCGAGCGCCGCGGGGACGAGCCCGCGCUGUUGCAGAGGUGGUUCUGCUCCGGCGAGGGCAAGUGCGCGGACGUGAAGUACCGCCUCACGGAGAGCUGCUUCGACCUGCUAGGAGGCCUGUUCACGCUCUGCCCCGCGGACCGCAUCUCCACCGACGAGGCGCUGAGCCACCCGUUCUUCACGCAGGAGCCUCGCGCGCGCGCGCGAGGGCGCCUGCUGGGGCAGGCGGCGCGACCGCGCGGUCGCGUGUGGGCAGGCAGCGCGACCGCACGGGGCGCGCGCGAGGCAUGCGCGAGGAACGGGGGCACGGGAGCGCGGCAGACCCACACGCCGGACCGCACGGGGCACGGCAGGGCAGCCCGGCAGACCGCGCCGGCACGGCGGGCCGGCACGGCACGGCGGGCCGCGGCAGCGCGGCAGACCAGCACGGCGGACCGCAGGGCAGAGCACAGGAGCGCGGCGGACUGGCACGGCGGACCUCGAGGUCACGGCAGGUUGGCACUGCAGACUCCGGGAGCCCUGGCCCUGCUCGGCCACAAGGGCCACAGCGCCAGCGGCAUCAGGUGCGCAGGGGAGCUGCCAAGCGCCCCGGUCGCAGGGCAGCAGCACCCCUCCGCGCGCGCGAGGUCGGCGGGCGCCGCCUCGGCCACGUCGGAGCCGGACGGAAGGAGCUUGCCGCAGAGCGUGAUAUGCAAGUGUAUGGAGUUUUCAGAGGUGAUAGCGAUUACAGCAAUCACCGACGACCUCGCUACAAGAAGGGCGAGCACGGCAAAUGCAAGAAUGGCAUCGAUCGCGAUGGCCGCCAAUGCAAGGGGGCCAUGGGUCGACAAGCGAGCUCUGCGCGAUGCGAUGCCCGAGAACAGCAAGACGCAGGUCAAGAAGAGCGACGCUUUCGACGCCAGCGAUCGUACAGUCGGGGCCCUGAAGAAGGUCCGCGACAGCAUGGAGGCAGCCGAAAUGGCCUUGAGCAGCCUGGUCGGCAUCCUGCAGGCGAAGCUGGCUGGGAGGAAGCCCUCCUGGCUCGGGAUUCUGCGCCGCAAUGCGGCCCUGCACGCGGACGCGCACUGCAUCAACGUGGCGACGGCGAAGCCAGCUGUGCUGCGCCGCGCCCAGCGUGAACGGCGGCUCGAGGUUCGCGCUGCACGAGAGUCGGAUUCCGCGGAAGGCUUCGAGGGGAAGUUGCGCGCGGAGGCGCCCGUCUUCGUCCCGUCGUUCGUCAUCGUGGAGUCCCCUUUUUUGCGACAGCGCGGCCGAGGGGGCCCGGGGGCGUUCUCGGCUCCGUGGGCCUGGGCGUCCAUCGGGAGCAAGCCGAAGGCCCUGUGCUUCAGGUUCCAGGCCGGAGCUGGCUGCAGGCCGCUCGUGGCCGCCCGGGCGCUGAGGCGGCUCUGGGGCUGGCUGUCGCCCCGGGCCGACGAGGCUACCAGCGCGGGCAGCGGCGGUCCUGCCGCCGCGGCGGCGCCCGUCGCCGCCCCCGGUGCCGGCGGCGGCGCCGAGCCGGACGAGCCCCCGGCGAGGACGGCGGGGUCCGCGCAGGACGCGUCGCAGGCCGCGCCGCUGGAGAGCGCGGGGCCGCCGCCGGACAUCUUGCAGUUCGACGCGGGAGUCUAUUUCGUCGAGGAGGAAGAAGGGGCGAUGACUCUGGAUGUCAUGCGCCUUGGCACUAUGAGGGGUAAGUGCAGCGUGAAGUACAAGACCGUCGACGGUUCUGCAAUAGCGGGGCAAAGGUAUGAAGCUGUUCAGGGCGAAUUGCAUUUCUCCGAAAAGGACACUUGCAAGAGCAUCACAAUUCCCAUCAUCGACGACGGCCAGUGGUGCACAACGCUGGAGUUCAGUGUCCUGUUGUACGACCCUGUUGGCUGCGAGCUCGGACGCUAUCUGUAUACUUCGAGGGUAAAGGUCAUCGAUGGGGAUACUUUCCCCACGAAUAGGUUCAACGAUGUCAUAAAAGAGCAUGGCCUUCGGGGACUGACGCAGGGCGACUGCGGUGUCAAGCCCGUGGAGCUGCUCAUCGAGUAUUUCAAGCUCAACUACAGCAACUUGGCCGUCAAGAGCAUGACGAUCGCAACGCUGGCGAUCGACCAGCUGCAGAACCUGUACUUCCUGCUGACCGUGAACCUGCUCAAGUACGUCGCGGACGACGUGCUGGCCCAGGGGGCGGAUCCUGCUGCGUUCCUCGUGCCCAACAGUCUAGAGAGCACGCUAAUCUCCGUCGGCGCGCUGUACCUGGUGCCGUACGGGCUCCUGAACGGACUGGACAUCUGGAAGUCACAGCUGGGCUUGCCAGAGGUCUCCAAGGCUUACCUGAGGCAGAACGUGUUCCGAAAGUUCAUGAACUACGAUGCGGACUCCAGGGGCAAAGUUCCGUCCAGCGAGCGCGUCUUGGCGAUGACCUCGGACAUCGACGACAUAGUCGAGUCUGGCUACAUGAAGGCGUUGGAGAUCGUGAAGAUAACGGGAAAGCUUGGCGUGUCGUCGUUUUUCAUCUUGCAGGAGAACCCUGAUGGGUUGGGACCCAUUGCUUUUCGGAUCUUUACGUUAGCAACCCUGGCUUUCGUCGCCGUAAAUGGAGACGAGAGUGUCAGAGUCCAGGAAGCCAUCUCGAAGCAGGAGGGCCGCAUGGUCGCCACCGUGCAGGACUCUGCUGCGAAGUAUCGCCUCAUCGCCGAUUACCUCAUGCGUCCGAAGAUCCAGGACGAACUCGAGCGAAAUGUGCAUGAGCUGAGCAAGGCAAGCAUCCCUGCGCAAACGCUGGAGUGCGUGAACGAGUAUUACCCUGGCUGGCUUGCGAAUGUCCUGACCGCGGCUUACAUCAUCUAUGGCGGGCAGCAGGUUGUCCAGGGCGACCUCCAGAUCGGAGCUUUCCUGGCCACCAGCGGGGUCAUCAAGGACGUGGGCGAGGGCUUCAAGGACAUCUUUACAUCGCUGAUCAGCAUCUCGAAGGCAGUCGAACCCAUCCAGGACAUGACGGUCUUCAUGAAUCUGCCGACCGACCUACGCAGCAACAAAAGGGUCAACAGGCAGCGCCGGAGCAGGACGAAGCUGGAGCGCUCGCCGGACCGGCUGGCAGAGCUGCGCCGUCGCACGGGCACGCAGUUCCCCACGGACGCCAUCCCCAUUAGCGUCGACGGCGUGUCGUUUUCGUAUCCCGGCGCCACCGCACCAGCAAUCGAGCGCUUCCAGGUGAGCGUGCCGCAGGGGAAGCUGGUGGCCGUCGUGGGGCCCCGCCGCGAGGGCAAGUCGACGGUCCUGCGGCUGCUUGGGCUUGUGGAGACCCCCUCGGAGGGGGAGAUCUUCGUGCCGGCGCACCUCCGCAUCCUGCACGUCUCGCAGAUCCCGAUGCUGCUCGACGCACCCCCCUGGGAGAACCUGGCGGUCGGAAGGCGGUACUGGAAAGACGCUGAGUUCGAAUCGCUGAGGGUAUCUGCAAGCGCCUGGGGCUCCAGCCCGCACUGGUUCAGCACCUCGAGGACACAAGGCUGGAGUUCCUGGCGCAGGGCCGAACCCCGUUGUGGAAGGAGCGGUGGCAGGAGUCCCUCAGCAGCAGCGACGCGACUCUCUGCCACAUCGGCCGCGCCUUUAUCUACAACCCUGAGGUGCUCGUCAUCCACAGGCCGACCCUGCUGCUGUCGGACUCCGCCGCCGAGACCGUGCUGGGGAUGCUGCGUGAGUUCGUGGACCGCCGCGGGGUCGAGCUGCCGCCGGACGCGAGCGGCAGGAGGCGGCCCCGCACCGCCUUUGCGAGCUUCACGCAGUCUCGGGGUGUGGAGCUGGCCGACGUCGUGUGGGGCGUCAGCCGGGGCGUCGUCUCCGAGAUACCGAAGUCGGCCGUCACGGACCUGCUGAUCGCCUGAUGGCGCCACUUCCAGUAUUAUAUCCCCGUCGCGCGAGAGGCCGCUCGGCAGAAGUGCUGAAGUAGGGUCUGCAGAUCGGUGGCGCGGGCUGCUGGAUAAUGGCCCUGGCGCGCGCUAACAAGACACGUGCCGACAGAGGGCUUGUGGUGGUUCUGAUCUCCGCGGAGCGGCCAUGCACCGAGGUAGGCGCAAGCGUAGGAGCGCGUUGUUUCGCGUCUGACCUAUUCUGCGGGUCUCGGGUUGACAGAGGCGACGCCUUACGCAGUCUCGUGAUGGCGCCGCGCGGCCCUCCGACGGCUCGCCGCGCGCUCUCGCCGUGAUCGCCUGCGCCACACGGAGCCCGCGCCGUGCUCGGCAUGGCGCUCUUGAGCAGCCGUUCACGGCGGCACGUCCGCGGUACCGCACCCAGUACUAGUUCUUGUCACACGCGGCGACGGCGUCGGCAAACUUCGUGCAUUUUUCUGAUCUGGUGCCAGCGGCGUGCACGCAUUCGCUUUGCAGUUCCUUUUUUCUGCCGUCUUUUCUCGCUCGGCUCAGUAGUGGUGGUGGAGUGUCAGCGGCGUGUUCCUGUGUCAGGGUCCCAGAGGCCGUACUUCGAGUUGCCGCGAGGCUUCUAUCCGUAAGGCCAGAAGCAGCGGGCUCUGGUGGCAGUGCUGAAAGAGGCAUUGUCAAAAUUUUCCUGGUGCUCAACGGCCUUUACUACCCAGAGCGCUGCCGCUCUCCAGAGGCUGCGCUUUGAGAGCAUGCCCAGUCUUGUUGCCGCACAAGUCCGCCGUGGCGCUAUGCCGCGCUCGGGGAAGCUCAUCAGAAGAGGCUGACGGUCGAAUCAGGGGAUGCAGUAUUGUAGACAAGCGUAUCUGCACUCCGAUUUGCGCCUGGCCUCUUCUGCGUUGUUCGAUUUGGUCGGCAAUCACGUCACUGAGCGCUCGUUGAUGCUUUGCGCUCGGUGUUCUUUUUUACUGGAGGGUGUCGAAUCCUCGAACCGGCAUGGCGCGAAUCUAUGAAGUCUCGUGAUUGCGCCGCGCGGCCGGCAGUGGAGCUGCGCGGCCGGCGGGGCGUCCGUGCCCGGACGCCCGGACCUCGGGGUGCCUGGCGGCCCGGCGUCGCACCGCAGGCGUGACGGCGGAUGCCGGGCGUGCCUGGAGGGAGGCGGAGCGAGACCCGGACCCUCUGUCGGAGUCAUGUCAGACAGUCAUGACGGCGGGAAUCCGGGGACGCCCCCGCCAGCGGGGCGCCUCUUGCGGGCGCCCUUGGGCGGGCCUUCCAGGUGCUGCCCGUUUCCGAGGGGCUGCCGCUUGCCCUCUGUUCGGGGCGGGCUUCGCCGGAUGGUGACAGAGAGGUGCGGGCCCAUUGGGCGCUCCCCGUCGCUGCCGCCAUGGGCCACGGUCGCGACGACGUGCGCCGCCUUGGGAUGCGAUGCCCCCGGGAGAGACGCACCAGA